GCAGCAAGAAUCUCUUCGACUGAUGGAGACCAGAGUAUAAACUAUCGUGCCGGGGUGUAUUUCAGUGCUUCCUUGAUAACCUGGCUCUUUGGAUGCAAAUAAGUUAUUUGUUCAGUAACACCGUAGUACCGCGGCCGAAGAGAUUCCGUCUCCGAGCGUAGUCACCUGUUGGAAAGUGUUUACCAUUGAAUCACAUGCUGGGUUUGAUGUGUGAAGAUGCACUCGGAAAGGCCUGACUAUGGCGGUCAAAGGCGGCACCACGGAGACAAAGACACAAGACACAGGGACGACUACAACGACAGAUGGCAAGACCAUCAGACGUGGUAUUCCUAUUCCUAUACACACGGCAGAGCACAGAGGAGCAGUCGAAGUACAAACUACAGUGACUCGCCGCAAAGGCUGUACACUAAAGAGUCCCUAGACAGAGACAGAGACAGGGGCAGAGAUAGAGACAUGGCUAGGAAGAGUCCCAAGAGGAGACUGCAGUCUGCCCCUGACUGGAGUGAAAGGAAAAGGGGACGAUUUACAGACGACAGCCACGAUGACAACAGAUAUAGACCUGGUGGCAAAAAGUACACACAGUCACUGGACAACUUUUCCCAUGUGCACGAACCUAAAGACUUGAAACCCAGAUCACCACAGGAGGAUGUCAGAUACAGAAAGGAUGCACAAGAGUCCAGAAACUGGCAUAGAACAGAAGAAUCAACUUUCAGGCUCCAACAUCCGGACGAUUCCACACGCAGACGACAAGAUAGACACGGUCAAGGAAGCAACCACCGUUACUCACCUGAGACCAGACCAUGUCCACAAGAUGAUUCUUCAAAGAGAGAUGCCAAAUCCAGAGAAAGGAAAAACAGCUGUCUGAAAGAUCAUCUUCAGACUCCAGCAAGAAACUUGUUUGAUGGAUCUAUGAAACAGUCUUUUGAGCGUGAGACCAAGCCUUGUGAGGACGCACCCAAGGAGGAGAAGCUGACCAACGGUUUCCAACGUUUCCUUGAUGUGCUCAAUAAAGGCGUGGAUGUGGACAUGCUCAGCAAGAUUGUUACACGGGGCCCUGCACGAGGCCCCGCUCAACCACAGUCCUCAGCAUCUUUUCAGAAUGUAGUCCGGCAUCCAUGUUUUCCAGACCGAGAGCAGGGAGCACAGCUAAACAUAAAGAGCUGGAAAGGAGACGUGGCAAGAGAAAAAUGCUACAUGCCACCUUCUCCGCAGCGGCGUCUCAGGUCCUGCAGCCCACAGGAAAGCUCUCUGUCUCGUGACGUAGCGCGGAGGCAUGAUGGAGGACAGGACUACAACAGCAGUAGGUCGCCUCCCGCGUUGGAGAGAAAAGCACUCACACAUGAUGAGCACAAGCAAAUGCGGGACGUUUUGCAGGCCAUUGGGAUGGAUUUGGGAUUUGAGGAACUUGGUCAAAUGUCGCAUCGGAUCCAGGAGCGCUUGUACGGGAAGAAGAAUAGCGACUGGAGCUACCAGAGUCAAGGAAGCAGACAAAGGGUCACAAGGCCAGCCUAUUCUCCAAGACGUCGCAGCCGGUCUUCAUCAUCAUCAUCAUCAUCCUCGUCAAGACGAUCUAGUUGUAACCCGUCGUGGAGGAACCACUCCUCGAACAGGGACUCGUACAGCGCUCAGAGUGAUCCAAAGGUGGAUGAAGCCCAGGUCCGUACAAGCUCUGGGUCUUUACCAGAUGACCAGAAAUAUGAAAUCCUAGAACGGAAUUCCUCAAAUAUCACAGCCAGUCUGCCACCAAGGCCAGGCUGUCCUCCAGUGAAUUACCCCGCAAUGCGGUACCCACCUCCCAAUGUUCCCAACACGGGGUUGAGGCCUCUACUGCCUCCUCGAGUCUCUUUGCCUUUACAACCUCCCCUGUCCCCUCUCACGUGUCGACCUCCUUUCUUGCCUUACACUUACCCCCCUCCUUACACUUUGCCCUUUGCUCAUAUGAACAACAUUCAGCCGCUGCAUGUACACCUGCCACAUUUUCAAGUUCUGCCUGUUAACACGCCACCCAAGUCCAAAAGGCAGUCAAGGCCUCGUUGUUUGCAGGUAAUUCCAACAAAAAAGUCUUGAUAAAGAAUGCUAAAAUUGGAUGCUGUGGAACUUCAUAUACAAAUGAAUGUGUCACUGACUAAAAAAUACACACUGUGUAUAUAUGUAUGUAUAUAUACACUACCGCUCGAAAGUUUGGGAUCACUUGGACAUUUUUUGGGCCAGUCUAAGAUCUGGCCUUCUCUUGGCAAUCCUGCCAUGAAGUCCAGCAUCCUGAAGUGGCCGCUUCACUGGUGAUACUGACCCUGGUGUUUGACGGGUACUCUUCAGUGCAGCUUCCAGGUGACGACCUGUGAGGCAUCUUUGUCUUAAACUGCACACUCAGAUAUUUGUCUUCUUGCACAGUUGUGCAAUCGUUUUUCUGUCCUUGUUAGACCCAGUUUGUGCUGCUCUCUGUAGGGAGUAGUUAACAGCAUGGUAAGAGAUUUUAGUUUUUAGUUUAGAUUUUUAGAUGGCUUUUCUAAUCAUCUAUUAGCCUUAUAAAAUGAUGAACUUGGAUUGGCAGCCAUACCAGGUGAUUGAUGCAGAGGACUGACAGUUGUUGAUAGUAGGCCUUUGUGCAAAAAUGUACAUCUUCUUUGAAAAUCAUCUGAUUCAUUUUCAUUGUUUGUGAAAUGGAUAAAAUUUGUUGUGAAAUGCAUGAAAAUGUGUUUUUCUUUGGAAAUUUGCAAGUGAUCCCAAACUUUUGAGCGGUAGUGUAUGUAUGUGUGUGUAUAUGUACACACACAGUAUAUGUAUAAUACAUGUAUAUGUAAAACACUGAAAUGAUACUUGACAUUAGCUACGGUUACAUGCACUUCAAACAUAUCUGCAAAGCACCUUGACUAGGUCAUGUUCUGUCUGACUUCAGGCAUCGGGUUAGGACGAUUAUUUUCCGAGUCAAAUCGUCUGAAGCUUGAUGUGUCGAUUAAUCGAAAUUGGCCCUAGACGACCAAAUCAAUUUAAGCUAAACACAAGCAGUUGGCAGUUAGGCAUGCAACGUAAAUGAAAAGAAGCAAACGUGUUGAUCACUGGUUUCCAAAGUCAAAGCUGUUGGGUGCGAAGAUGUUGUUUUUCCCAAAACACAAAGGUAGCAGGUCUGCUUUCAUGGAUUGUGAAGGAAAUAGAUAUGCAUUUACAUAAAAAUUGAUGUAGUUAUUUCCACAUUUAAUUUUCCACUCUUCUAUCAUGGUGCCUAAAAGUUUCAUGUCCCAGUUUGACAAUGGAUUACACUGCUAACAUGGCCUUUUACCUCCCAGGUCAGAACAUCCAACUGUUGGACUUCAUGUAAACGUAUUGAAUGUGAUACAUUAUGAUAUCGACACUAUUUUGGACACUGUUUUUUUUUUAAUAUAUAAAAGCACACAGAAAACUGCUGUAAAUAAUAUGUAUGUUAUACAUUUUCUGAAAGUAAAUGGUUUGAAAUUGUCUUUAUGGCAACAUGCCCCCCCUCCCCACCCCUUAACAUUUAGCAAAAAAAUCAGCGCAUUAAUUUGCCUGCAUUUCCCCACACCGUUUUCUAUGUCGGGGUGCUCUUUUUGUUUGUGGCUUUUUAUUCAUUACAGUGGUUUAAACGCAUACAGGAAGUAAAUGACAUUUCACUAAAUGGAGUCCAAUACAGAAAAUGACAACAAAGUUCAUUAUUUCUUCUUUAAUGUUGAAAGAUACAUAGAGAUCAUAAGCCAGACAUCAUAUGACAG